GUCCCGCUCAGCCCGGGCCGUGGCUGCCGGGGCUGGAUCGCCGCCCGGGCCGGCUGCAGGACGGGAACAUCCCGCAGGAGCCGUGCGGUCGCGGCAGGGGCCGCCCGCAAACCGGAGCGUUCCCGGCGACGCGGAGUGCCCAGAUGUUGCUAUGAGGAAAGGAGUCAGCAAUGACUGAUGUAGAGCCUGUGGUCACAGAUUUUGCCUCAUCAGGACGGUCAGGCCGCCGAAACGCCUUACCAGAUAUCCUGGGCUCUCCUGCUGGUGCUGGGACUUCGGACCUGCCACACAAACUGGCCGAGCUCUCUGUUUCAGAAGAUGCAGGAGCAGAGGGUGGAGAAGAGUCAUCAUCCAAAGCCUUGCUGGAAAGUCAAGAGGCGGAAGGAAAACGCAAUGAUUCCUAACACCUAAGGACUCCUGGGUUAAUGAAUCCCAUCAACAGACUUCCCAGUUUCCCUGUGUCACCCCUUCUGAAGUGUGGUAGCAACUUUAGCAGCACAGACAUGACUUGGCAACACACUUGUACCUAGAUGAUUAUGUGGAUGGCAUACAGUUCUUUCCACUGUCAUCCUUAUAAAGCAAUGUUCUACAUAUCCAAAUAGGAAGACAAUUAAAGAAUGUAUCUCUUGUUUUCAGUUUUCUCUCUAGUUUUGGUUAUAGUAUUCAUCCUAACUAAUCUUCUUUGACAGUUCCAAUUAAUAUACCUACCAGGAACUAAUCAUUGUUUCAAAAUAAAAAUUCUGUUUCUUAAUUUCCCAAACCAGCUUCUUUCUCUCUGGCACAGAGAUGUGUUCACUCCCCACAAAGUGAUAUUAAGUAUAUAUUAGAUUACAGACAUUAUCUGUAAUUUAUCUCCUGAGAUUUUUCUUCUCAUUAGACAUAUGUAGAUGGGUGUGAGAAAAAAAAAUUAAUUACAUAAAAUAAAAUUUUCUCCUACUCCUGUCGCCAGAAGGUUUUAUAAACUACAUAAACAUCAGUGUUUGUUUUCAGACUCCCGUUACCUCUGUUUGAUUAUGGCAGAUCAUCUCAGUUCUCCCACUCUUAGCAGUCUCGCCACUUCGGCCAUUUGUUUUCAUGCUGAAUAUUGUAGCUUUCAUGUGUACCUAAAGUAAAGUAGGUAUGUUUGUAUAUGAUGAAAAUUGUUUAAUCUCACUGUGGAAAUUAAAUACCUAUAAACUUUUCUGUCUUCA